CAAGGAGCACGCCAUCAAUGACUGCGGCAAGGUAGGCGCCUAAUGCUACCCCGGCGCCUUUGCCACGUGGGACUGGAUCCCUCCUGACGUCGGCACUCGCCCAGCACAGGCCGCCCCGCGAGCGUAGCGGUGUGCAGCCCCCUCACGUUCGCCUCCCACCCACCAUGCUGGCCGCCUAACGACCUCGUAGCCCUGCUCUCCUCUUUCCCUCUCAUCUUACGUUCCAUGUCGACCGACGCGGCCAAGGCGGACCAGAUCGCGUACAGGCUCUACACCAAGCUAUACCUCCUCCUGCACGAUGCGCGCACCACCGCUGCGGACGGCGCGAGCGGCGCGAAAGGCCAGCCGAAGACGGAUAGAUGGUUCAACCUAGAGACGCCCGACCCGUCCAUUGACUUCGGGCGGGUAUUCGCAGACCCGUCUCUGCGCGUCCUUAAGAGCGUGUCGUCGGCCACCGUGGCUCCCAUAUUUGUGGCCCAGAUACUCCUGGCAGUGCCCGACCUCGGCAACAACCAAGUGCUCGUGUACAACUCGCCCCACCAUGGACGUCUGCGGGUCGAUCCCACUCCGAAGAACGUACUGCUCGAGGAAUGGGCCAUCGAGUUUACUCCGACUCCCGUAUACAGAAGGAACAGCCUUAGCGACGAUGUCCCUCCUGCCAUGACCUACAAGCAUGGAAUUGCCGUGUUCAGGAGCAUAUAUGCGCUCUUGCGGCUCAUGCCCGCGUGGAAGCUCUACAAACGCCUACGAAGACGGAACGCGUACCCUGCGCUAGAAAUCAAGCUCCGUAUAACCACCGAAGAAGGCGUCAGCGAGCCCGGCGUGCUUGGCUUCGAUACGCCCUUCGCCCCCUCGUCGCCUUCCGAUCGAAGACGACCCUCCUCUCCACCCUCAACAUCGACCACAACGCACUCAUUCGCUCCUAUCCCGCACGCAGCGGGCACUCUCGCCAUCCGCACGACCUACCUUACACAUCCCAACUUCGCGGUGGACGACCUGGAGUCUCUUCUCUCCGAUCGCUUCCUUGCAGAAGGGCCUGACUUCACGCCGACGUUGAACAAGAACCUUCAGCGCGAGUCGCUUCAGGCGUUCCCCCGCGCCAGCAGUGCGAUCGGCCGGUCCACGAGCAUCUCCGGAACUGGCUAUGGCGCCGGCGGGACGCCGUCCAGUCUCCCCUUCAGGACGGGUCUCCCUGGCUCGCCUCCAAGCGCGACGAGCAUCGCAGAUCGGUUUGUCUUGCCAAGUCAACCCCACACCCGGACGUCAUCCUUCUCGGGCACGGGGAGUCCCCGCCAGCUCGCGGUCGGGUCUGGUACCGGUAUCGGCACCGUUCCGCUGCCUGGACAGGGCGUGGCGGGCAGCCCCGGCGCGGUGUCCAUCGUGAGUCAUGCGAGUCAUGCGUCGUCUACCGGCUCCGGUUCGCGAGAAGGCAUGGCCGUGGGUGCGGCCGCGAGGAUAAGGAGGGAGAGCACCGGGACCGGACGCGGGGAGCUGUCAUCCUCACCAGCUGCAUCGAGUCCACUGUCCAUGCGAAGACCCUCGCUCGUCAACCCCUUUAAAUCGGGCACCGUCUCCUCCGGAUCACCUUCAACUUCCCUUCGCAACGCGUCCCCGCUCUCCCCCGCAGUCGCAACAGGCACAGGGCCGUCAACGUCGUUCCGAUCUCCGAUCGCCACUGCAUUCCAGUCUCAGUCACCUAUUCAGGUUCAAGCCUCCACAUCCGCGUCGCGCGUUCCUCCGUCACCCAGCGGCAUACGCGCGGGCGCCUCCGCUUCGCCUCUGACGCAGCAAGAGUUCGCGCCAAGCAGUCUUGGCCAGCGGAGCUCGGUGUCGAACACGUCUGGCGAGGGCGAGAGCACGACGGCGACAGGGAAGACGAAGCGAUACUCGAGCCCGUUCGCCCACCGAUACAACCAACAACAGCAACAGCAAAGCUUCAGCCAAGCCGGGACGGGCGCGGGCGCGGGCACGGGCGCGGAGGGAGGCGAAGCCGGGUCGGCUCCGGCGCAGCCGCAGAGCGCGUCGUACAUGAGCACGAACACGGAGGACGACGAUAUCUCCGGAUUCAUGCGCGACAAUGAGGCGGCGGCGCGGAGGCCGCUAGGCGGCCAUCGGCGGCAGGAGUCGCCACUCAGCGGGCGGGGGAACGUCGGUCCGAGCACGAACCACGACCGGGACGCGACGCAGCAGGGAGCACAGGGCGGGCACAUGCUGAUGCGGAAGGAGGAGGUGGACGAGCGCCUGAAGGCGAUGAGCGAGGCGUUCAAUGCAAGCCUGGAAGGUCUCGGAGGCGGGAGGCGCCGGGGAAAGGAGAAGGAGAGGAGGGAGGAGACCAGCAGCGAGAGCUCGGCGGCGCCUUCGCCAUCGCGGGCGGACAAUACCGUCGCUCGGGGACGGGGAUUGACGAUGGGUGUGCCUGGUCAUAGGCUGCCGCUGCCACGCCGGGAUUCGGGCGGGAGCGGGAGUGGCCAGGCGAGCAUGCGGAGCGGCGUCAGCAUUGGGUCACAGGAGGUUAUUGGCAAGAUGGACCUCAGCGAGGGUCAGCGCAAACCUUGAGCCAAGAAUGUCAACUCCAAUAAGGGUUCAUUCCCGUCAACUAGAAGGAACGGCGAGCCUAGUCCGGUCAAACUGGACGGCUCCUCGCCGUCCACCAGGUGUCAUCUUACUAUACAUAUGCGGAUCUUCAGAAUUCUGAUUCGGAUCGUGCCCCUUUGACUCCCUCCUCCCUCCACCUACAUAUGUAGCAUGUUAUCUACUUAUCCUCAGUAUUUGCGGGCAUGCAACUCAUUAUUGUUGGUCUUGUGUAUACACCACUGUAGUCUAUGUACUGUACCAUGACCCGGACUUUCAAUACAUACAAAUCAUC